GGAGGGAAUCCGUCUCCCCCUCCUUCCUCCUCCACACCCGUUUCCCUCGCGCCCCCGGCUCCGCCCGGCUGUACGACUCCGGCUCUCGGGCGGCUAUAAAUCGCCCGCCCUUUCCCUCCCGAGCUCCACUCCGUUUCCCCCUCGUUUUAAAUCCGAUUCGGCCCCCGAUUCGGCAAACCCAGCCCGACCCAACCCACCUGUUCCCCAGUAACGAGAAGCUAAAUAAAUCCAUAAAUCCCUGGUAGAGAGAGGGGAGGGAGAGAAGCCAGGCGAUCGAUCCCGGCGGCGGCGAGAGGCGAGGAAAGGCGACCGGCGAAGCAAAUGCCUUACUGCGAGGUGGACCGGUACCAGGCCGGCGACAAGUGGGAGGGCGUCCGCCUCUUCUACCGCCGCUACGGCCGCGGCGCCACCAAGGUGCUCCUCGUCAUCGGUUUGGCGGGGACGCACGACUCGUGGGGCCCGCAGAUAAGGGGGCUGACCGGGUCCAUGGAGCCGGCCGACGGCGGCGACGAGCCCGAGCCCGCCGCGCGGACGGACGAGGAGGCCGGCGCCCCCGCCGACGCGCCGGCGCCGGCGACGGCGACGGAGGAGGAGGACGUCGGCGAGGGCAUCGAGGUCUGCUGCUUCGACAACCGCGGCGUCGGCCGCAGCACCAUCCCCCCGCACAAAUCCUACUACUCGACAUCGAUCAUGGCGAGGGACGCUCUGGCCUUGAUGGACCAUCUGGGGUGGAAGAAGGCCCACGUCUUCGGCCACUCCAUGGGUGCGAUGAUCUCCUGCAAGCUCGCGGCGUUGGCGCCUCACCGGCUGUCCUCGCUGGCGUUGCUGAACGUCACCGGCGGUGGGAUGGAGUGUUUCCCCAAGGUAGAUGCACAGAUGCUAUCUCUCGCGUUCCGGUUCUUAAGGGCGAGAACACCGGAGCAAAGAGCUCUAGUCGACUUGGAAACCCACUAUACCAAGGAAUACCUCGACGAGGAAGUUGAAUCCUGCACAAGGAGAGCGAUCCUAUAUAAGGAAUAUGUGAAAGGCAUAUCAUCUUCAGGGAUGCAAUCUAAUUGCGGGUUUGAAGGUCAAAUUAACGCAUGCUGGACUCACAAAGUGACAACUAAAGAGCUAGAUACAAUACGUGCUGCCGGUUUCCUAGUUUCAGUUAUUCAUGGAAGACAUGAUAUUAUUGCGCAAGUAUGUCAUGCGAGGCGGCUUGCACAAAGGCUUCUUCCUGUUGCUAGAAUGGUAGAUCUUCAUGGUGCACAUCUAGUCAGCCAUGAAAGACCACAAGAGGUCAACAACGCGCUGAUGGACCUGAUAAAGGCCACCAAGUCGGCGACGGCGCCGCACGAGUGGUCGUCCCAGCCAGAAAACACAUCAGAAACCGGUGCCCUUAUUUCUGCAAGGCCUGUAACCCUCACGAUACGAACAGGCGAAGCCGGCAACGCCGCCGUAGCAGUGUAUAACCUACUUGCAAAGUUGCAACUAAGCUUUCUUUAUGUCAUAGGCCUGAUAGUGAUGGCGUUUGAGCAUGUGAGGAACAUUGUAAGAGUAACGAAGCCUGUGAGGGUCGCGGCGAUCGAGUCAUCAUAAG